AUGCUCGAAAACAAGUCGUGCGCGUCGUCGGGGAGCUGGGAAAGAGGCGAGCUGGAAGGGUGGGUAAGGUGGACAGGCUUGACGAGGGUUCCAAGGUCAAGGACGCCCUCGGCGGGGCCAGUGAGGCGAGAGCUGGGGGCAGACGUUGGUAGGGGGCUGGAGAGGCGUCGUUGGCGCCAUCGGAAUGGUGGUCGGGGUGUCGAUGGUGCCGGCGCGGUACGAGUCGGGGGAGCCUCCGCCCGUCACCGAGUCGCCCGGGAGGAAUCCUUCGGCAUCGUCGAUGAUAAGGGUAACGCUUCAACACACGACCUUGUAGUUAGCUACCAGACCUAG